AUGGUUAACCUUAUCCACGAAGAUCCACAGAAGUUUUUCGAAUUCGUGAAUGGUUCCAAAAAGACGAAUGAUGAUCUUCCGAAUGAAAUGGUUCUUGGAGAUAAGAAAAGUAGUAACAGAGGUGAGAUAGCACAAUAUUUUGCAACGCAUUUUGCCAAAGCGUAUACUGAACCGGAUUACAGCAAAAAUGAGAAUUAUUCUGGAGAUGAUCCAUUACUUAAGAAUCUGUGUGCUAAUUUUCCAACUAUCAACAUCACUGAGGAGUUGGUUACGGAUACGAUAAAUAACCUUCCAAGCAACAUGGUGUCAGGACCUGACGGAAUACCAAAUAUUCUCAUCAAAAAGUGUAUGCCAACACUAUUAAAACCCAUCACACACAUGCUAAAGCAUUCGUUGGAGACUGGUGUUGUUCCUGAGAUUUGGAGAAAAUCAUUUGUAAAACCAGUUCACAAAAGCGGUGUUAAAGCUAAAGUUGAAAACUAUCGUGGCGUAGCUCUGCAGUGUGUAAUACCGAAGUUGCUUGAUUCCAUCGUUGCUACAACCCAGCUGUAG